AUGGUUGUAGAUCGGAUGGACGAACUGAAGCAGCGAGCGGAGCGGAGCCUUCUAUGGGAGCACGAAAGUGCAGGAAAUGUCUUCCUCGAAAGAGGCACGCCUUCUCAUGAUUGGUACAAAGAUGUUGUCCAGCUGAUCAGCAGUCGAUUCCACCUCAAAGAGUUCCAUCCUUUAAGCCUCAAAGGCGUUCAAGUGAAGGCAGUCACGAAAAUCCACAACCGGCUUCUUGAACUGCGCUUCAAUGAACACCACGGUAGACUAGUCGAAGGUGGCGGGGCGCGGAGCGAAGUUUUAUUCUACGGAGUUGACCCGGCGGCGCCUCAGGAGGUGCACUGUUCCUUCUUCAAGACAGAGAUGUCGAGUGCCGGAGCUCGCGAGGUUUUGCGGGCCAACGAAGAGUGGAAUCUGUUCACUGAGGACGGCUGCGUGACCGCUGAAGGCAUGGACUGGGUGUUUGAGAAAGAUGCCAUGUUGUUUCCCCCCGGCGAACUCCUCAUUUGUCGCGCCAUCAUCCACGAGCCGACUCUGAGUUGCUUAAUGGUAGACGACGACCAUGUUUGCGGGCCGUCAGUGCUGUGGCAAAAGAAGCCCAUAGACAGCCUUGUUUCCUACACAGAUGCGACGGAGGAGGAUGACGAUGAAGAUGAGGACGGGAUCCGGCGAAAGACUCCCCCACAGGCACACCGCUCCACAGCAAGCUACAGGUACAGGGAAGGCCGCCCACAUGACAAGUACUGGUGGAUUCUAAGUCCUGAUGUGGUCCUUCCUCUCUAUCACGUGGUCAUCGAGUACGUCACGGAGAAGCGCAGUUUCGGAUUGCCCUGGAGCGGCCGCCUCUUGCACAGCGAAAUGAGGGACGCUGAGCGACUCGACAGCCGCUCCUCAGCUGCGGCUCAGUCGCCUCCCUGGUCCUCAGCAGAUACUCCCUCCCGACGUGGUCCGCUCGGUCCCGCCGCAUGCUCGGCUGACGGAUGUGCGGAGGAGCACGUGACAGUGGGCGAGUUUUUAGAAAUUCUCAAAAGCCAGAAUUCCUUGUCGCAGCGACUAAGUCAAACGGAACCUUCUGCCUUCGGAAAUAGGCCUGCCUACCGAACCCAACGCCCGCCGCUCGGAGGACGCGGCGUGUUGGAUGACGAGACACUGUGGGGUCCGGAUGGGGAAGAACUUCGCAGAUUGUUGAACGUGAACUCACCGAAUGACUUCAGGAGCAUGACGGCGAUCACACUGCCUGACGCUGGUCUGCUUGCGAUCGAACCGUCAUUUCUGCAGAGGGCGUGCGAGCUGAGAGAGCUUCGGCUGCCGUGGAACAGGAUUAAAUCCUUUGAAGACAUUUUCCCUUGCAGUGGAGAUCCGCCUCCUCUCUUUCCCAGGCUCACGGUGCUUGACGUCUCGUUCAAUGAGAUCAAGGAGGUUCCCGCCUUCAUCUGGGCUCCAGAACUCCAUACUCUCGAUCUCUCCUUCAACGAAGUUUCUGACUUCCAGAGCAUUACAGUUAUCGCCAGACGUGCCCCGAAUAUCCGGGAUUUGCGGAUGAAAGGGAACCCAGUGGACUGCGUUGAAUCUGCCCGGGAGGCGUUUUGCAGCGCUCUGCCGCGUCUCUCGAGCCUCGAUGAGGAGUCCGUUGGCUUUCGGAAAACUGCUGCCAAAAACAGAGCGCGACUGACCAUCACUUCGCUGGCCUCUCAGUCAGCGGUUUCUACGGACGACUUGCUGCCUUUCUGCUCCCUGUGUCCACCGGCAAUGGGCGUGAGCGCGCGGCACCCAGAGGAGCACCUGCUCUCCUCGCAUGCACUUUUAUCUGUCACGAGGGCGCUCGAGCUCAAGGCUUCCUACGACUCACAAGAAGCCGAGCCCGAUUCGCUUCGCCACGCUCCAGGCGCUGCAUGCGGUUGUAAGGAGACAGCACGCGUUGGAGAUGAAACGGACGAUAUGCAUCCCAUCCUGGGGUUUGGCCCUUUGGCGCGCAACUCCUUGCAAGGCAUCAGUCGAACAAACUGGCCAGAAAAAGUUGACUGCAUCGAAUUACCAGGCCAGAAGCUGACAACAAUUCCUGACUUGCGUGUCCUCCGAAAUCUCCGAAGGGCUGUGUUAAGCCAUAACAAGCUUACCUCUCUUCAGCCUCUACUUGCGUGCGCGAAGCUGGAGACUGUGAUUGCUUCCGACAACCUCCUCGUCGACCUUGGAGAGCUGUAUCAGCUGGAGGAGCUUCGGCAUCUCGAUGUCGCGCAGAACGUCAUAAAGGAAUUUCCAUGCUCACUGGCGGCGCCCCGGAAGCUUGGUUUUCUUGCACUGGAGAACAACCUCAUCGAACAUGUGUCCAACCUCGAGGGCUUUGAGAGCCUCACCCAGCUCUUCCUGUCGAAUAACCGACUUUCAGACUUCCGGUCGAUCAUUCAUUUGGGAAGCCGUGGCGGGCUGAAAGUCCUUGACCUGGCGGGGAAUCCCCUCUGCAUGCUUCCAGACUAUCGGGACUACACGCUGUAUCUGUUGAGCGGUCUGAAGAUCCUCGACGGCACUGCUGUAAACUCGAAACAUCAGGUCCACAUUCGGGAGGCCUUCUCGGGAAAGCUGACCGCGGAGUUGCUGGAGCAGCUCCUCGGCAGUGCGCCUCCCUACGCGGCGGAAUCUGUGGACCUGGGUGAUCGCAAUCUCCGAGAUCUUGGAGACGUCAUCACUUCGUCCAACUUCCCGAACCUUACGGAGAUGAAUCUGGACGGGAACUUGUUGACAAGCAUCGCUGGUGUUGGUCAGCUUCGCAAGUUGGAGGUUCUCUGCAUCAACCGCAACCGCAUGGAGAUCCGAGGACGCAGCCUAGGCGACGCAUGGAACGGCACGCGGCCUUUCCCGAAUCUUCAGCGACUGGAGCUGAGCUACAACUGCAUCACUGACUGCAGAGAUCUACAGAGUUACCGAUGGGAACGACUGACGGUCUUGCACCUGGCCGGUAACGCGAUAUCCAGCGCUGAGGGAUUCGGAGAGUUGCAUGCGCUGCGAGAGCUGGAUCUGAGUCACAACAAGAUUCGUCGGUGCCUUCCGGGCAGUUUUCAGAAGCUGAAACGCCUGGAACGGCUGGACCUCGAACGGAACGGUCUCAAGUAUGCAUCUGUCCUAUUUGAUGUCACAGGGUCGGGUUUUUCAAACGCAGGGAUAUGUGCCUCAUACGCCUUCGAAAUUGCCAUCAGGUUCUACGGCAAUCCAGCCAGCGGAGUCGCCUCGUACCGAGUCCACGUGCUCCACUACGUACCGCACUUGGCGGAGUUAGAUUCGAAGCCGCCCACAACCGACGAGCUGGCAGAGGCUGAGCUCAUCAGUUUGCGACGACGAAUCAAGCAGCAACAGUCCAUGCCCACGGCUAGCGCUCCAGCAGUGUCGACUGCUUCGAGGACGAAAAAGAACAGAGUUUCUCUCCAGGUUCUGCAUCUGGACGUGGAACAAAACCCCCAUCCGCGCCCCAGUUUAACGCUGUCAUCAGUCAGUAAGGUGGAGCACGGCACCUCGGAAAGUGUUGUACCUUCCACCGCCCUUCGAUGA